UGGGGCCGCCCGCCCGGCCCUGCCCAAACUGCGGGAGCGCACCGCCCCCAGCCCCGCCGGGCACAGCGCCGGGCAGCGCGCCGGGCAGCACCGGACAGCGCCGGGCAGGCUCCCCUUUCAGUGACAGCCACCACCAAGCACCUCAGUGGAGAGAUGAACCCCACCGUGGGCAUCGCUGUCAUCCUGACAGUCCUCCAGGUGGCCCACUGCCAGAUGAUCAGGGACCUGAGCGCCUGCCUGCUGGGCCAGAGCCUGCGGGUGGACUGCCGCUACGAGAACAAGACCAGCAACCCCCUGACCUACGAGUUCAGCAUCACCAAGGACAGCAGGAAGCAUGUCAUCCACAGCACCAUCAGCGUCUCCGAGAACGCCUACCGCAGCCGCGCCAACGUCACCAUGCACAAGAACCUGCUCUGCCUCUACCUGCAGAACUUCGCCACCACCGACGAGGGGGUCUACACCUGCGAGCUGAAGGCCACCAACGACUACACUGGCAACCAGAUUAAGAACAUCACUGUCAUCAAAGACAAACUGGAGAAAUGCGCCGGCUUCAGCCUCUUGAUCCAGAACACUUCGUGGCUGCUGCUGCUUCUCCUCUCCCUGCCUCUCCUGCAAGCCGUGGAUUUCGUGUCCCUGUGAAGAGCAAAGCCCACACAGCCGCCCACACAGCCACCCACACACAGAGCCACACACACACGGCACACACGCACGUACGCGCACACCGAGUCCCGCAGCAAAACCACCUCCCCCCGCCAGAACGCAGCCCUUGGGAAGAGAAGCUGAAGCCUCGGGAGGAAGCGACACCUCUCUGUGUUCUCUCUAUAUAGCCGUAUAUCUAACGCUAACCACUGUCCUGUGCCCAGCCCCUCCAUCACACGCACACAUGCCCUGCUCCGAAGCAUGGUGGCGGUGCUAGGCAGCAUUGCUUCUCCCAUCGCAGCUCCUCGCUGGGUAGCCUUGGCUGGUUUGCUCGUGCUGGAAGCGCCGGAGCCUCAGCCCCGCUUCUCCCAUCCCUUUAACUUUAGAGGUUUGCCCCUUCUCGACUAGGGAAAGACAGCUGGAUUGGCAGGUAAGAGAGAGAGAGAUGAUGUGAGAGCGUGCGGAGGCGUCCCUGUGCCGGGUGCUGUGCCCACGGCCCCUGGAGGAGAGGGCUGCUGGCAUCCCCACCCUGCCCUGACCCCUAGCCAGGGGACUUCACGGAUUUCUCAGCCUGCUUCUCUUGCCCUGACUCACCCCCAAGCCACCCCAGCUGGGAGGGGGGGAAGAAAUGAGUCCUGUGGAAGAGCAAGCAGGGAGGAGACAGAGGGAGCAGGGGAGGCAUGGGGAUAGUGCUGCACCUGGCUAGGCUGGAAGGAGAGAGGGGAGCAGGUCUAGGAGACACCCAUGAAGGGCCCCUGCCUCCUUAGAGCUCUUCUGGGGCCCUGGGAGGGGGCUCACUGGAAAGGUGCUUUGGCAACAAGUUUUUCCUAAUCUGUUUUUGACAGCUGAUCUGGAAGUGAGGCCUCCUCCAGACACUGUCUGGUACCUCUGGGCAGCCUGAGCCCAAGACACCACUCACUCUCCCUGGAGAUCAGCCUUUAGUUGUGGCAAGAGAGCUGCUUUUAGCACUGGCCUGCAGUGGAGGCCAGCAGAGCCUCUCUGAGCUAGUCACAGUUCUGUCUUCACCCCUGCUCCCCUCCAGAGCUGCUGGAGCCAGGUCCUGGCAGGCUGGUGUGGAGUGGGCUCCCCUAUGGGAGUGUGACCCCAAAGCCUCUUCAGGGACUUGUCUGCACUGUCACCCUAUCUUCUCUGAGGAAACAUCUGGGGGUCUCAGUCCUUCUUCACAGUGCAUGUCCUGGUGCCUGGCCCUGUGUAGGCUCAGCAGCCUUCCUCCAGUGCAGUCUUCCUCCAUGGGAUGAGCCCAUGUGCCCCCUCCCUUCUCCCUCCCUUUCAGCAUUUCCCUGCCUCCAUUUAAAAGCAGAAGAGUCUAAAAGGGCAGCCCAGCUCUUGGUCACCACCUCAGUAAGGUCAGGGGUCCAUGAGAGUGAGGAGAGGGAUGCUGAGCACAGCCAACAUCUGCCAGCCCAGGCCUGCCUGGAUGCCUGUGGGACCCCAAGGAGCUGCUGGGCUACUGCCCCACCUCAAAACGAUGGCUCCUGCCUGAGCUGCAGCCCAGCUGGUCAUGAGAUGACCAGAGGGUGGUCCUGCUGCACCUGUGCCCAGGGCAGGGCAUUGGAGCAGAGGAAGAUGCAGCCAGGAGCAUCCAGGUCCAUGGGGUGAACCCCAGCCCCUUUGAGCCACCUGUGCAGCCUGCGCUGUGUCAUCGCAGCCGAGAGCAACUCACAGCAGCUGCUGCCCACUCCUUGCUCUUCUCUAGACACCCCGAGCUGCCUCCUACCCUCCUGCCCAUUCUCUGCCCAUCCCUGCCUGCUUGCUUGCUGUCUAGUGCUGCUGAGGCCAUGUAUAGCUGAGGUCUGGCUGCGCCCAGCUCCCUGGGCUUGCUGGUGAGCGCCGGGGCAGGCGCAGAGCCCAGAUGCGUUUCGAGUCUCAUUUUUUUGGUGAACAUUUGUAGUUGUUUCCACAGCUUGUUGUAAAAGAAAUUCUGUUAAAGGGGAGAGGGGGGGGGGGGUCGAAAAAGAGGGGCGACAAAAAAAAAGAACCCUACGAAAAGCAACAACAAAAAAAACCCCAAACCAACAAUCCUCCAGGAGUCUUCCUCUGUCUGCACAAUAAAAGCUGAGGUUGGA